GUUUUAACCAAAAUUCAAUACUGACACAUAUCAUUUAAUAAUACUACCAAAACAAAACACAUGUGAAUCCAUCCAUAAUAUAUACCAUAAUUUGAUUAAUACAACAAUGAUUUUGUCUACAUUUAGCCAUUUUAUUAAAUGCUAGUUGCUAUAUUAGCUAUUUUUUCCUUAAUAUCAUAAAAACAAUUUUUUUGGUCGCACGUAUUAACAUUUUUUUUCCUAUAUAAUUCAUGAAUGAUUAAACCCAAGAUCCUCACUCGUUGGUCCUUAGUCUUCGACCUCCUUUAAUCUCUCCAUCUCUUUCUCUUAAGAUGGCAAAAGACAAAGAUAUAACGGAGACGCUUCUCACUGCGGCGGAAGAACGUUCUGAUCUUCCUUUCUUAUCCGUCGACGAUAUUCCUCCGAUCACCACCGUCGGUGGCUUCGUUAGGGAAUUCAACGUGGAAACCAAAAAGCUAUGGUACUUGGCCGGUCCCGCCAUUUUCACAUCCGUGAACCAAUAUUCUCUCGGCGCUAUUACUCAGGUCUUCGCCGGUCACAUCAGCACCAUCGCUCUUGCCGCUGUCUCCGUCGAAAACUCCGUCGUUGCCGGCUUCUCAUUCGGCAUCAUGCUUGGAAUGGGAAGUGCGUUAGAAACGCUAUGUGGACAAGCGUUUGGAGCAGGAAAAUUGUCAAUGCUUGGCGUUUACUUGCAACGAUCAUGGGUGAUACUAAACGUGACUGCUCUUAUCCUCUCUCUCCUUUACAUUUUCGCCGCCCCUAUCCUCGCGUCCAUUGGUCAAACGGCGGCAAUCUCUAGCGCGGCCGGAAUAUUUUCCAUCUACAUGAUCCCUCAAAUCUUUGCCUACGCCAUCAAUUUUCCAACCGCUAAAUUUUUGCAAUCGCAAAGCAAGAUAAUGGUCAUGGCCGUGAUAUCGGCUGUUGCACUUGUUAUACACGUGCCUCUCACGUGGUUUGUCAUUGUGAAGCUCCAGUGGGGUAUGCCAGGUCUAGCCGUAGUGCUUAACGCGUCGUGGUGCUUCAUUGACAUGGCUCAGCUUGUGUACAUAUUUAGUGGUACGUGUGGUGAGGCUUGGUCUGGUUUCUCGUGGGAGGCUUUUCAUAAUUUGUGGAGUUUCGUUAGAUUAUCUUUGGCUUCUGCUGUUAUGCUCUGUUUGGAGGUUUGGUAUUUUAUGGCAAUCAUAUUAUUUGCUGGAUAUUUGAAGAAUGCUGAAAUCUCUGUAGCUGCCCUCUCCAUCUGCAUGAAUAUUUUGGGAUGGACUGCUAUGAUUGCUAUUGGGAUGAACACAGCCGUAAGUGUGAGAGUGUCUAAUGAAUUAGGAGCUAACCAUCCAAGAACCGCGAAAUUCUCACUACUUGUGGCAGUGAUAACAUCGACGCUAAUCGGAUUCAUUGUAUCAAUGAUUCUACUCAUCUUUAGAGAUCAAUAUCCAUCACUUUUUGUGAAAGACGAAAAAGUCAUCAUUCUUGUUAAAGAACUCACACCAAUACUUGCACUUUCCAUUGUCAUCAACAAUGUCCAACCUGUCUUAUCAGGUGUGGCUGUGGGAGCUGGAUGGCAAGCAGUGGUGGCCUACGUUAACAUCGCCUGCUAUUACGUGUUUGGAAUCCCAUUUGGUCUAUUAUUGGGGUACAAGCUUAACUAUGGUGUAAUGGGAAUCUGGUGUGGAAUGUUGACGGGGACCGUGGUUCAGACAAUAGUUUUAACAUGGAUGAUCUGCAAAACAAAUUGGGACACAGAGGCUUCAAUGGCUGAGGAUAGGAUAAGAGAAUGGGGAGGAGAAGUAUCAGAAAUAAAGCAACUCAUAAACUAAAAGACAUCAUAGUAUUCAAAGAAACGAUCUGCCCCACCCUUUGUAUUUGGUCACAAUAGGUCUUCGUUUUGGUUAUUAUAAGUCUUUGAUAGAGUUUCUCUAAAUUACAUUAGCUCCUAUUUCUUUUUUUUUUUUCUUUUUUAAUGCGCUUAAUAGAAUAAUUCGGCUCAAGAAAACAAACAUUUUGAUGCAAUUUUAAUUAAAUAAAAAAAAAGAGGAAUUUUGUAGA